UUAGAGACAUCCAUAUAAUGGGUUGGGUCCAGGAAACCUCCCUUCCAUGACAAAAACAUACAGCAAAUUCACACCCUCUUUCUACUUCAAAUUCGCUGUCUUUCAGACUCCUCUGCCUCCACACUCCCAUCCCAAUUUAGUAUGACUAAGAUCUAGCAUGCACUGCCAUUCCCAUGGCUUCCCCUCAUCAUUCCCAUAGCUUCAUGUUUCAAUCACGCCCCGCCGACCACCAUGACUACGCCCCCACCGCUACUGCUUCCUUCAACAACAUCCCCUUCUGCCCUCCUCACCUCUACUUCCACGAUGGGGUUGUCCCGUUGAUGAUGAAGAGAUCCAUGUCGUUUUCCGAAAACGGCUGCGAGGAAGUUAACGGAGACGAGGGGUUGUCGGACGACGGGUCGGCAUUGGGAGAGAAAAAGAAGCGGCUUAAUUUAGAGCAAGUGAAGGCUUUGGAGAAAAGCUUUGAGCUGGGAAAUAAGCUCGAGCCUGAGCGAAAAUUGCAGCUGGCUAAAGCUCUUGGGCUGCAGCCGAGACAGAUUGCUAUUUGGUUCCAGAACAGAAGGGCCAGGUGGAAAACCAAGCAAUUGGAGAGAGAUUAUGACGUGUUGAAGAAACAGUUUGAAGCUCUUAAAGCCGACAAUGAUGUCCUUCAAGCUCAAAAUACCAAACUCCAUGCACAGUUGUUAGCAUUAAAAACUAAAGACUCCGGCGAGGUAGCGGCGGGCGGCAGCGCCACCGUGAACUUAAAGAAAGAAAACGAACGCUGUUGGAGUAGUGACAAUAGUUGUGACAUCAACCUGGAGAUGUCAAGAACACAAGCAUCAAUAACAAGUAACGGUAGCAGCGGCGGAAGAGGAUGUUCCCAACCUGGAAUCAAGGACCUGUUCCCGUCGGCAGCGUUCCGGUCCGCCGCCAUUACGCAGCUGCUGCAACACGGGUCGUCUAGAUCAACGGUCGAUCAUUCGCCGGUGAUUCAAGAAGAAAGCUUCACUCAAAUGUUCAAUGGAAUGGAAGAACAGCAACAAACUACAGCCGCUGGGUUUUGGCCAUGGGGUUCAGAUCAAAAUUCCCAUUUUCAUUAAUGGAUCAUCACACAGUUUUUUUUUUUUUUUUUUUUUUUUUUUUUUUUNACAAAACAGUUAAAUUUUUAUUGAAUUAGUUGGGUUGUAUUAUUACUAUUGGGGAUUUGGGAUUAAUUAAUGAUUGAGAUUAUAAUUAAAAUUAAA